AUGCUGUCUCUUUACUUUCUCCAGAUCUGGUUGUUCACAACCUCCCUCCGCCGUUCACCACCUCCUUCCGCCUCUACUCCUCCCACCAUCAGAAACUAUGUCCAUCUAUCUAUUUUCUCUGGCGAAGAGAACGGUGCUGAACCUCAAACGGAGAGUGAAUUAGCAGACGUUUAUGCUAUCUCUGCUCUCAAGGUGUCUGAUGCACUUGAAGUCAAUUAUCAGAUGCUCAUCUGGAUGCAUUCCAUGAACAACUACAAAGUGAACAGAAACAAGGUAUUAUCUAAAAGGAGCAAGGUCUACAUUCAUAUACUGAUGUCACCAUAUGAAGACCAUGAAGAUGCUAAAAAGAUUGUUCCUACCUCUCCAAUAGGACAAACUAGUGUACAUCUGGACUCAUUUGAUGUAACACAUAUGCAUUCAUUGGGGAAGCCUCUAGAAUUGGUGACACCCUUUAGGCAACGAAAAAGACAAGUUUUUAGUACACUUAAAUUUUAA